UUCCGAGAGUAUCUUCUUGUUCUGAGACUACAGUUCCCAGCUUGCCCAGGGUCACUGCGCCCAGAACCGCCGUCCCAGCGCCUUUCCUCCUCGGAUGUCAGGCCCCCCCAAAAUGGCGAGUGAAGCUGCUGGGACGCACUGAAGAGCGGAGGCGAGCGUGCAGAGCCCCCGCGGCCCUUACACUCCGGCGCCUGAGUGGGCCCUGCCAUAGGGAACAUGCACUUUUCCAUUCCUGAAACCGAGUCCCGCAGCGGGGACAGCGGCGGCUCCGCUUACGUGGCCUAUAACAUUCACGUGAAUGGAGUCCUGCACUGUCGGGUUCGCUACAGCCAGCUUCUGGGGCUGCACGAGCAGCUUCGGAAGGAGUAUGGGGCAAAUGUGCUUCCUGCAUUCCCCCCAAAGAAGCUUUUCUCUCUGACACCUGCAGAGGUAGAACAGAGGAGAGAGCAGCUAGAGAAGUACAUGCAAGCUGUUCGGCAAGACCCAUUGCUUGGGAGCAGUGAGACUUUCAAUAGUUUCCUGCGUCGGGCACAGCAGGAGACACAGCAGGUCCCCACGGAGGAGGUCUCCUUGGAAGUGCUGCUCAGCAAUGGGCAGAAAGUGUUGAUCAAUGUGCUAACUUCAGAUCAGACUGAGGACGUCCUGGAGGCUGUGGCUGCAAAGCUGGAUCUUCCAGAUGACUUAAUCGGAUACUUUAGUCUCUUCCUUGUUAGAGAAAAAGAGGAUGGAGCCUUUUCUUUUGUACGGAAGUUGCAGGAGUUUGAGCUGCCUUAUGUGUCUGUUACCAGUCUUCGGAGUCAAGAGUAUAAGAUUGUGCUAAGGAAGAGUUAUUGGGACUCUGCCUAUGACGACGAUGUCAUGGAGAACCGGGUUGGCCUGAACCUGCUUUAUGCUCAGACGGUGUCAGAUAUUGAGCGUGGGUGGAUCCUGGUCACUAAAGAGCAGCACCGGCAGCUCAAAUCUCUACAGGAGAAGGUCUCCAAGAAGGAGUUCCUACGGCUGGCCCAAACUCUGCGCCACUACGGCUACCUGCGCUUUGAUGCUUGUGUGGCUGACUUCCCAGAGAAGGAUUGUCCUGUGGUAGUGAGCGCAGGCAACAGUGAGCUCAGCCUCCAGCUCCGCCUGCCUGGCCAGCAGCUUCGCGAAGGCUCCUUCCGGGUGACCCGCAUGCGAUGUUGGCGGGUUACCUCUUCUGUGCCACUGCCCAGCGGAAGCACAAAUAGCCCAGCCCGGGCCCGGGGUGAAGUACGCCUGGAACUGGCUUUUGAAUACCUCAUGAGCAAGGACCGGCUACAGUGGGUCACCAUCACCAGCCCCCAGGCUAUCAUGAUGAGCAUCUGUUUGCAGUCCAUGGUAGAUGAACUGAUGGUGAAGAAAUCAGGGGGCAGUAUAAGGAAGAUGCUGCGCCGGCGGGUGGCGGGCACCCUGAGACGCUCAGACAGCCAGCAGGCAGUGAAGUCUCCACCAUUGCUUGAGUCACCUGAUGCCAGCCGGGAGUCCGUGGCCAAACUCUCAAGUAAGCUGAGUGCUGUGAGCUUGCGGGGGAUUGGCAGUCCCAGCACAGAUGCAAGUGCCAGUGAUGUCCAUGGCAAUUUUGCCUUCGAGGGCAUUGGAGAUGAGGAUCUGUAAUCCCCACUGCUUGGAUGUGUGCCCUCUACCCCAAAGGAAUUUACAGAAACUUGCCCUGUGCCUGUGCCACACCCCCCCGCCAAGCUAGGGAGUUUUCCUUCUCCCUUCUUACCCCACUUUUCUCCUUUUGGCCAGGGGCCUCCUAACCCACCUCCCUUCCCCUUUGGGCUGGCUGAACAAAGAAUCAUCCCCUUUUUUUCACAGCUAGCCCUCAAUGCCAAAUUAACAUUUAGUAUUUUGCACAAAGUCUAAGGGACCAUGGGUACCUGCCUUGGGGAGGAACCACAGCUUCCCCUUGGGCUGCUUCUGGCUUCUUGGGGCCAUGGGCAAGGGGAUGGGCAGGUCUGUGUAUGGUCUGGCCCAGUUCCCCAUCAUUAAACUCAGCCUGACUGCU